AAAACCCCGCGAACCAGUAGUCCGCCAAACGAACAAAUCCACAUCCCCAAGAAGAAAUUAAACCCGAACAUCACAAACCCUCCCAUGUCCGACCACCACCUCGCCGGCGAGCACCACCCCUCCCCGGCGAGCACCGCCCUCGGUACCCUGCUGCUCCUGCCGUCGGAGCUCCUCCACGAGAUCCUCAUCCGCCUCGCGCUGCCGGAGCUGCUGCGCGUCCGCUCCGUGGCGAGGCCCCUGUCCCACCUCAUCUCCUCCGCCGACUUCCGGCGCUUCUACCACCUCUCCUCCGCCUCCUCCGGCCCGGCGCCCGCGGCCGCGUGGCUGCUCAUCUUCAAGAAGCUCCCGCCCCGCGGCGCCGCGCUGCGGGGCUUCCACGGGCCGUCCGGCCGCUGGUUCCGCAUCCCCGUCUCCGACAUCAUCUCCCCCGCCGUGCCCCCCGGGGAGGACCUCUACUUCCUCGCCGCCUCCGGCAGCUCCUUCCUCUUCGCCGCCAACGGGCGCCGCGAGCUCGUCGUGGUCGACCUCUCGUCCCAGUCCGCCCGCCGCCUGCCGCCGUCCCCGCUCGGCCCGCGCGGCACCUCCUCCUGGCGUCGCUUCGGGCUCAAGCUCGUCGCCGACCCCCCCGGAUCGAACCGGUUUAGGUUUAUGUUCGCGGAGCUGGUGAACAACACGCCAUUCCUGUUCGAGUACCAGUCCGACACGGACACGUGGCAGUCAUCGGAGGCGGCGCUGGCGAAUGCCCCCUCCGCGCCGGCAGGCCCGGACGGCACGUACCUCUGCGCCGCCCACGCCGGGCCGGACUGCGUGAUGGUGUACUCCGGCCCGGGCGCGGACCGGCCGGUCUUCUUCCGCCCCCGGUUCCCGCACAACCUGGGCGGGCACGGCGACCGGCUGCACGUGUACGGCGACGGGAGCGCGGUGGUGGUCCGGUCGACGGCGGUGGAGGCCCGGACGAAGGUGGUGGCGGGCGUGGAGCUGUACGGGUUCGGGCCGGAGGUCGGGGGCGACUGGCAGCUGGUGUCCACGGUGCCGGCCGAGCUGGUGGAGGGGUUCAGGAAGCCGUACGCCGUGAUGACGGGGCUGCUGGCGGAGCGGGAGGGCGUGAUCAGGCUCAUCCUCAUCUCCAACUGCAGGGGCGCCUGGGACCUGGUGUGGCUGUCCUACGACCCGGCGGGGGCCGAGUGGCGCUGGGUGCCCGUGCCGGACUGGGGCGGCGCCAAGGGGCUCAACAUGGCCGGCAUCGCCGUCUCCUCCACCUUCUCCAGGCUCUGGCCGCCGGCGCCGGCCAUCUGCCACUGAACCAAACUGAACCGAUCGGCGUCUCUGCUGGUACGUGUUGCUCGUGUCUGUACAGUCAGUGUGCGCAAGGCAGCGUGGGGGAUUCUUGUUCAUGGGAGAUGUCGGCACGGCAACAGAGCUCCCCGACGAUCACCCGAGUGGCGCCUCUGCUCUCUCCGUGCCGGCGGGGCCGGCGCGCAGUGCGCCAUGAUCCUGCGCAAUAGCUUGGGCGAUGCGGACAGGCGAUGGCUCGAGUGUGCUAGAUAAGGAGUGGUGUGUGCGUGUGUGGUGCUCCUACCCAUCCCAUUGUUCAUAAACUCGCCAUGUACGUAGUUCUGUGCUCGUGGCUAAGUAAUCUUAUGUCUCUUCGUGUU